AUGGUCACCGACAUCCGUAAGAAACCGCUAGAGCGGGAAGACAAGCAGAAGUUGGAGGACGCGGUGUCCGCCUACUUGGCUAGUGCCGGAGACGACGCUUCUGGAAGUUCUGCCAGUGGGUUCCGAAUGCGCGGCCGCAGCUUCCUGCUCACUUACAACCACCUCUUCACGGACAAGGCCUUCCCCGACUGCGCCCCCCCGGCAGCUUCCAAUGAGGACCUCUGGGCGCUAUGGCGCGACUGGAAGAAACGCAAGAAGAAGGAGCUGAGGGUCGAGCAAAGCACGUCCACUUUGGAGGAGUCCCUGGACAGCGAAGACGCUGGGCGUGUUCACUUCCUGUGGAAGAUAACUAUAAAUAAGGCCAUCGACAACGCAACUCUGGUUGUGUUUGCCUUUCACGGCGUCGUGCCAGAUGUCCGCCCGACGGUGGCGCUAACUGGCCAGACGCCGACGGGCACGCUGAAGACCCCCAGGGGGGCUAGCUUGGCAGAGGCAAGCAACCGCGCCCACUUCUACGGUUGGGCGCCGAAAAAAGGGACGCUCUUCAGGGGCACCGGCAGGCCGCCGUGGAAGAAGUACCGCGUGCAGGGCAAGUGGUUGGACGACCUCUGGACAGACGAGAAGCUCGACAACGACAACUACGAGGCCCUGGCAUUGCGAGUCCGGGUAGGCUUCGCAGAGAGGAAGCGCAACGUCGAGGCAGUCCGCGCGGCGGAGAAGGAUGCCUGGAUCGACGAUCAGGUCGCCCUCGUGGACUCCGCGCUGGACAAGAUCCGGGCGCCCUUUCGCGAGUUCCCUGCCGUGCGCGCGAGCCUCUUCAGCAAGCCGCUGGUGCUGACUGUGGAGGAGGCAGAGCACUUGGACCUCCAUAGCUUUCAGUGCGACCAACAUGACGGCUUUGUGCUGGACGGCUGCAACUCGUGGGCGCAGCUGCUCCGGUGGAGGGCUGUACUGCAUGCGAGAAACACGAAGUCCCGCGGGGGACAGAGCGCCACGAACGUCCACGCGUACCCGCAGAACUUGUACGGGGUCGCCGUGGUGGCAACAGUGGACUGGGACGCGCCAAACUCCUACCUGGUCGACGAGAACUCGCCCUGGCGCUCUCGUUGGCUCUGCAAGAACGCAAUCUUCGUGCGGUUGGCAGAGGGGGAGGCUUUCUACGACAAGACCCGGGUACCCACUGAGCGCGUGCCCAACGCCUUUUCUUUGUUUGCACAGACGGUGAAGCGCCGACGCUGA